UAUGCUUUUCUGCUGCCUGAGAGGAAUAAGGCUCACUGGAUCUGCGAAAAGGGUCUUUCUGUGGGACAUUCGCGGAUCAACAAUCUGGGAAGCCCUGUCAAAGGGGUUUACCUAUCAAAAUACUCAGAUUUGUUACAAAUGAAUCCAUUUGAAGUGGGUGCUGCUGGAGACAUAAUACUAUUUAAAACCAUGAAGGGUAAAGUGAAGACAAUAUUUGACAACAUGCCCAAAAACAAUCUUGAGCCGACCCUUAAAUAUGACAGCCAUGUUUUCAAAAAUGCCAGCAAAGUGACCUCAUUAUUGUCCUAUAGGGCCUUUGAGCACACUCAGUCGAUUUUGAAGAACUCUGGAGUAGAUGAGGACCUUCUUGUUCCAUUAGAGCCUAAAGACCCAAUCAGCCAUCAGCUAGAUAAUUUUAUACCCGCCCUGCAUCAUGGCCUCUUUAAGCUGCGUGCCAAUCCACCCAAAGAGCUUGCGGUGGGACUGAAACAGCAGGUGCUGGACUACCUCAACCAGAAAGAGCAAGGUGUCAUACGGCCUUUCCACAUAGUAGAGUACCGGCACAGUUUGGAUGACCGGACUAACCAACACCAGGCAGCUCGUCCUAAAAAUAUGGAUGUGGCACUGAACUCUUACAUAUAUGGUCCGGUACAGUUCCAGCUGCCUGUGGAAGUGCUGCAGCAGGGUCUGAUGGACAGCCAACAGGGGACAGUGUCUCCCCCAGCAGGCGCAGAAGAGUACAGUCCUGUCUCAGACUGGGGAGGGUCAGAUAGACAGGCACCGGGUAGCAGCACGAUUGGGGUUUCUCAAUCUAAUGGCGGCGCUCAGAGGUCACAGGGAGAGUAUGACAAAGAAAAGAUGGAGAAAUUGCUAAAGCUGAUACAGUUACAUAAGCGGACUUUGGGCAAGGAGGAGGGGAGCGGGUCUGAAAGAGAAGAGGACUGGGACCCUGCUGGCCUAAAGAGGAGGCUGGAGAGGGAAGGUCCUGGGGGUGUGAGCAAGUACCUUAGGACGGGUCUGCUGAAUGGAGAGCCAGGAAGAGCGGUGAUGGACAGCAUGGGGCUGUGUGACACAGACCUGCGGGAGCGCAUGACUCCGAGUCCUACCCUCCAGGACACACAUGCCUUGCUUAAACUCUUCCUCAGCACACUCAACAGGAUGGCCCAAAACUCUACCACUGCCAGCAGCCAGCCUGCGAUGCUCCCCAAAAGCGCAGAGAGACACGACCCCAGUGACUCAGCCGCCCACUGUGAUCUUGACCUGCGUGGCAGGCGUGCUGAUGAGGAGCAGGUUAACCAGGAUUACUUGGAGGAGCAGAUGGCCUGCAGCAGGAGCAGUAUGGAUGUGUACAGUCCCUCGUCCAGUCUGGAGCAGCAGCCCUCCCGUCAAGCAGAAGCCUCACAUCAGAGCCACCAUCUCUGGAGAACGUCCACCAGAGAGGGUGUUGGUGAACCUUGCUCGAGUGGAGGGGAGAAGCUGGUACACUCUACACAGAAAGUAGUAGACACUAUCCUCAACAGCGAGUUCCAGAACCUCUGCACGGGGAUCCAGAAACUGAUGGAGGACCAACAUUUAAUUUACAACCAUCAGCCUCCUUUGCCGCGAUGUGAGGAUCAGGCUAAAUGGUCAAGCUCGGCAUUCUCACCUUUUGUAUCCAAAUAUGUCUCAUCAAUGCCUGUGCAGAGCUACGUUAACACACUCUGUGAAAAGAUGAACCAUUUGAUCCGAGCUCCCAGGGCAUCCGUACAACCCGUGGCUGUUGUGUCACCACCUGCUGUUGCCCCAGUGCCCGCCCCCUUGCCACCUGCUCUGCCCACUUCUGCCAUGCCAGCUCCUGCCCAACCCACACUACCCUCACCUCCUGCUCAUCCUCACACUAAAACAUCAUCUCCAGUGCCUAAGUCUCAGGCUUUGUCGAGCAAGCCGCAAGCUACCCUUAAACCUCAUCCUUCAGGCAAGAAUCGCCUCGGCACUGUCAAAGAGGUCCACCUGUUUUCAGCAGAAAAAUCAGCUGACCACAAGAGUACAGAUGUUGUGGAAAAUCCUAUGUGCUCCCCAUUAGCUGGAAGUGCCAGUCAACCUCCAGUUGCUUCAGUCCCAGAGAUUCCCUCAGAGCCUACUCAUGCAGGAACAUCGAGCACUGUGGGAGGCAGAGUUAUUGGGCAAAUCAAGCCUGAUGUUUUGUGCACACUGAUGGAGAUCAUGCAGAAAAAUGCAGUAAAGUUUUACAUUCAAAGAGGAGAUGAGGAGAGCGAACUCUGCACUGAAAUCAAGGAGUAUUUACGCAGCCUUGGCAAUAUUGAUUGCAACCCUCAGAAUUACCUGGAGAGUAAAAGUCAGCAGAAGUUCAUGAUCAUUAUUCAGAAUGAGGAUAUAGCCGCUCAUGUACAUAAGAUUCCAGCACUGGUGUCUCUGAAGAAAUUGCCCACAGUUUACUUUGCUGGAGUGGACAGCCUGGAUGAUGUGAAAAAUCGCACAUACAAUGAGCUUUUCGUGUCUGGAGGACUCAUUGUGUCAGAUGAGCUCGUUCUCAACCCUGACAGUAUAACACUAGAGAAGCUACAGGCAUUUCUCAAGUUCCUGGAGGAACAGGGCUCACCUUGGAAGUGGAAGGUGCACUGUAAGACUCAGAAGAAGCUUAAAGAGCUCAGCAGGUUAAAUACUGAGGCCCUGAAUCUGUUGAACCUGCUGACGACCUACCAGAAGAAACACCUGGUGGAGUUUCUGCCUUAUCACGAGUGUGACACUCCAUCUAGGCAGGCUCCUGAUUUGGACUGUCUGGUCAAGCUACAAGCUCAGCACACACAGCUUCGACACCUCAUUUUCCUCACAGAAAAACACGAUGAAACAUUCUCCCAGUUCUCCGGUAGUGGAGUCAUCAUUGCUGGUAUGAAUGACAUCAUGAACAACUUCCAGAGUUUGAUCACUGUCCCUGAAGAAGUAGCAGUUGCUGCCCUACCUGAACCAGUGGAGCCUGAUGCGGUUCGAGAUGAGGAGGACAUGUCUAUAGACUCUGAAGAUGACAUGCCCAUUAUCACAGAGAUGUCCAUUCAGACUGAAAAUGAACUUCAGGCACCUCAGCCCCCUCCACCCCAGACCGAUGGAUUUCGUCCUCCCCUCCCUGACCAACCCUGUGUGGACCCCAUUAGCGAUCCACUUGUACCACCAAACCCCUCCGCCUACCCUACCCAGAGCUCUUUCUCCACUGAUUAUGCAGCUCUGAAGUCCGCUAUCGCUCAAUAUAAAGCUACCAGUCAGGAGAGCACAUCUAGGCCUGAUGUAGAGGACACCCUGGCCAGUUUCGGUGUGAACCCCCACCAGAGCUACCUGUGUCCCAGCUCGGCACAGUGGAGCCCUUACUCUGGUUCUCCUGCAUACCAUAUGUCCUCGGCAUAUUCGUCUCCAGUUAGCGUGGCCUCCAGGGGAUCAGAGUACAGCCAAACUGUUGCUCCUCCUGGGACCCAACCUCCAACAAACACCUCCACUAUACCCAAUGCUCAACCACUCACCGUUCCCCUUUCCCUCCCUCAGCCCCCAGUUAGCUCAGUGGAGGUGCCUUCUAUUCCAGAAUCAGCCACCUCUCUUCAGCCGCCUGGACAGUCCCUACCCAUUCCUGACAGCAUGGGAGUGCCUGGGGCGGCAGCGGCAAGCACUGCUAAUCAGUUAGGACUUGCUGGCUCUCAAACUGCUAAGAUAGGUGUAGAGUCUGCUUCCUCAUCCUCUCUUCACACCACUUUUCCUUCCUACCCAGAUACUACUCUUUUUCCUGCCCUUACUCCAAUUCCCCCUGUUCCACCGCUUUUCGGCUGGGGUCCUACACCAGGAGCCCAGCAGGGUUACGCGGCUAGACGGAGUGGGGCAGGAUUCGGUGCUCUACCUUCCACCCAAACUGAGGCCGCAAGGCCUGCUGAUGGAUCAUGGUUGGGAGCCAUUGAGAGUGAAACCGCUCGUGGACAAGAGGAAGAAGGUGCCCCUACUUCAGCGACUUCUAAAGUGGUCCAGCAGGAGGCCGGUGGAGAGAAAAGAGGUGCACUGGGUAGUUCAACCUCAUGCGGCCAAGGCAGCAGAACUCCAGUGAACUCGUCCUCUGAAAGUCAGGGCGGCAGUCAAGCCCCUCCCACCAGGGGCGGCACUGCCAGCAGAGGCCUCUUACCCAUCCCUGGAGCCGCAAUGGGAGCCUUGUGCCGAGGCGGACACAACAAUAGCAUGUACAAUCCCAGAGGGGGACAUCCUGAUAUGAUGCGUGGUGGUUUCAGGGGUCGAGGAGUACCGCCACAUCCCAUGAGAUCUAGACCGGGUCGGGGUCACAUGAGAGGGGGCCCAUCCUGUAACUGGGGUUAUCCCCCUGGGAGGGGAGGGGGUGGUCGGUCAGACUACUAUUCGGACUACACCUAUAACUAAAUGCCAUAGGGAUGUCCUAUAGACUACUGGCAUUAGGAAUGUACAUAUUUAACAUUAAGAGCACAUCAAAUCAAAAUAUCAUCAUUUGAAAAAUAAAAAUAAAAAUCUGGUUUUGUAUGACUGAGAUUGGUGACUCAGACAUUGGCCAGAUUUUCACAGUUUUCAGUAAUGCUCUUCCUAAACAAAAUGUUUGAAAAACCUUGUUCAUACCACUAUAUUUAUAUUGCCAAGAAAUGUAAUUGCCUUUCAAUGUUUAAUUUUUGUCAGUACUUUUCGUUAGGAUUUUCAACAAAAAAAUGGUUUGUGAACAAGGAGCAAAAUGCAGACAAUAUUUUUUUAAAGAGAAAAAGUGAGUCAUUCUUAAUUUUAGCUGUUUUUGUUUCUUUUUUCAUUCUUGGUUGUACAGAUGUUCUAUUAAAACAAGGUUGUAUCAAACAUUGUGAUAUUGUGUUCAGUAUUAACUUGCAGUUGAGAAUGUGUGAACUCUUUGUAAAUGUACAGUUAUUUAUGAUGCUAUAUAAAAAUGGUUACAGGU